CCCGAAUAACAUACACGCGUACCUAACGGAGGGACUUUUGUUAACUAACUACAUGUACUAAUUAUUCAAGAUAGCGAGAUAGCCAACUCGUAUCUUCUCUAGGUAGUUUACCAUGGUAGAACGCUUUUAGUCGGUUAAUUAUCUCCAACUAUCUCUCUUACAAUGUCUGCCAAUAAAAAAAAAAUCGGCUCCUAAGAUUAUAGCUUCUAGACUUUCAACAAUCCGAAACCAUCAAAGCUAGCAAUCAAGUCAUAGCUCAAAGUCUAGGACCGCUAUUUUAAAGAUCCUAUGAAGUCAUAACACGCCGAGAUCAGCUGAGAUAUAGCGAAGAAAGGUGAAGCAAUCGUGCCACACUGAUAUCGCGAUAGUCGAGAUUUGGUUCCGUUUCGUCUAGUACAGAGAACCGGGUACAGAAGCUUGGUACGGGGAGAAAUGACUCCCUGCUAGGCCGGUGGACUAUUCGAUUUUUCUUCUAUUGCUCCGAAAUUGAUAGCUGUCAGGCCUUUGCAAUUACCGAAUACCCAUGUCAUGCCAGAGCCAUGGCAGCCGACAGACCCCUACACGUUGUCGCGCUGGUCUCCGGGGGGAAGGAUAGCUUCUACUCCAUUCUCCACUGCCUGGCGAAUGGGCACCGCGUCGUAGCUCUAGCUAACCUCCACCCGCCGCCUAGAGUUACCAAUGCUAGCCGUUGUAGCUAUAGCAGAGAUGCCAACACUUCCGGAAGCAUAGGCAGAACUGAAGCCGAAGAGGUAACUGGGGCCGAUGCCGGUAGCACUGCUACUACUACUGCUACCAUACGGAUCUCCCCCGGCGUGGAUCAACAACACCCCCAGCACCCUUCAUGCCCUACUUCAUGCUCGGCACCGGAAAUAGACCAUGGUGGCGACGAGCAAGAAGACGAGGCCGACCUGAAUAGUUUCAUGUACCAGACCGUGGGUCACCAAGUUAUCCCAUUAUAUGCACAGGCCACGGGACUACCUCUAUUCCGUCGAUCUAUCCUGGGAACAGCAGUGGACCACGGCAUAAGCUACCAGGAACCUGGUGGCCACCGGGAAGACGAGGAUGAGACCGAGUCGCUCGUCCCGCUAUUGCGUGCUGUUCUCGAGGCCCACCCGGACGUCAACGCCCUGUGUACAGGCGCUAUACUAUCGACCUACCAGCGAACCCGCGUCGAAUCCGUUGCUCUGAGGCUCGGCCUAGUGCCGCUGGCCUAUCUGUGGCAGUUCCCCGAGCUUCCGUUGCCCUUUGCCGCCAAAGAUAGUCAAGCUGCAGGUACCGAUCGGAGCGAUGAUGCGCAACUGCUCCGCGAUAUGGCAGCCGCAAGGCUAGAGGCCCGUAUUGUGAAGGUGGCUAGCGCUGGCUUAGGAGAAGAGUUCUUGUGGGAAAAUGUGGCAAGCGAGUCCGCCGUGUUUCGCAUCCGCCGCGCGCUCCGCCGCUUUGGGGGCGACGGGGGACGGGGUGCCGUCUUAGGAGAGGGCGGCGAGUUUGAGACGCUUGUCGUAGACGGCCCGUCGGUGCUGUUUAAGGGUCGAGUAAUGGUUGAUGAAGAUGACAAAAGAAUCGUACGUGAGGGUGGCGGGAGCGCUUGGCUAAGCAUUCGUAAGGCUAAAGUCGAGAUGAAGUCGGAUUUGGAUGCAUCAUCUCAGACAGACGGGUAUGGUGUUCGUAUCCCAGACCUGCUCGAUUUGGAAUUCAAGACUGUUCUCGAGUCGCUGCAUAAUGAGGGCAAACUGGGGUAUGAUCAUAGCGGGUUAUCUCAGACAUUACUGUCACCUGCAUCGAGCUUGUCUCGGUAUAAGCACACCGAGUCUGGUAGCAACGACUGGUACUUUGUUGGAAACCCGGGGGGCAUUGAAGAUCAGACAGCUAGCGUCGUUGACGAGGUUCGUCGACGGCUAGGCGAACAUGCCCUACCGUCGACAGCAAUUGUCAGUUCCGUCAUCGUGUUACGGCGUAUGGCAGACUUUUCGACCGUUAACAAGCUCUACGGUGCCCUGUUCCGUGAACCAAACCCGCCUGCUCGAGUAACUAUCUCAUGUGGGGAUUCGAUGCUACCUCGAAGCGCCGACAUAGUUGUUCUCCUCACCGUUCAGCGUCAUUUGAAGCGAAAUGAAAGGCGUGGUUUGCACGUCCAGUCGCGGUCAUACUGGGCACCAGCCAACAUUGGCCCAUACAGCCAAGCGGUCACGUAUCCCCUGCUCAGGAGCGACGAGGGUCAAAAUAACGAUGCCCAAAACUCAGAAUUGCUUCUUGCGGUGUCCAUCGCGGGCCAGAUACCCUUGGUACCCGCCUCCAUGACCCUGCCUCCGAUACCGAAAGACGGCAGCAGCAGCCUCGCAUUGCAAAUAACCCUAGCGCUGCAACACCUCUGGCGUGUUGGCGGUGAGAUGAAGGUCCAAUGGUGGAGCGGCGCCGUGGCAUACUUCCCGCGCUCGGCCCUCCGUUCGGAAGCGAGACACAGUGCCCUGCUUGCAUCAGCGGCGUGGAACGCAGCGCACGUGGCAUCCUCUAGUCUGUCGACAGACGCGGUAGAGGAGCCGGACCCUUGGGAUCGAAGGUAUAAUCCUGCGUAUAUGAUAUACGGUAAUAGCAGCGACGAUACCGCUUCGAGACCGAGCCUCCCUGAUUGGGAGGUCUUGAGGGAUUUCGAUGCAGGUGCAGAUGCAGAUGCAGAUGCUGACGCUGAAGAUGGGAAUAUUCCCCACAGACCACUACCGUUUGUCUUCUCCGCUGAGGUCGAAGAGUUGCCGCGUUCGGCUGGUGUGGAGUGGCAUGCGCAUCUGGGAUUCGCGAACGUAGACGCCGGAUCUAUCCGGUUAUAUGUCGCUGGCGGUGGAGGGACCCCGGAAGAUCCCCUCUUGCACCACGUCGUUGUCGAGUCCCCCUCAGGUGACGUGUUUGCCCAGACAGCAGCUAUUUGCCAGGCAAUUGAAGGACCUAUCUCGGCAUUACCCCUCACUAAUGCGGUGGAUUUUGAGAACAUAGUGGACCAUUAUGCAGUAGUUGUUAAGAGGUCUCUACUCAAACUACUGGAGGGCUCGGAGCCCGAUGAUUCUGUUGUUGUCGUCGUACCAACCCCGAAAUUCACCUAUGUUGACCCCGAAUCGUUCAAGUUCCCCGAGCAUAUAGGAGCUUGGUUAAGUAAGGGCGCGAUAAUACCGUGUAGGUCGCUAUGGGAUCCACAAGGUCGUCGCUUGAAUAUGGUGUCUAUAUUCGAAACUAGAUGGUGUAAAGUACGUUAGGGACUGGAUAGAAGUGAUAUAGAAUAAUAGAUGAAGAAAAGAAGUUCAGCAACUCAGUCGUAAAGGACAUCUUCAUGUGUCAUAGAUAGCUGACGGGUAUUCUCUUGUAGAAAUCUUAAACGAUGAGCAUA